AUGAGCUCCCUGCUCUCACCCGGCAAGGUGUUACUGCUUGCCGCUCACUAUGCGACACAUGGCGAUAUCGAGAGCCUGGCCUGCCUGGCCAGUCGGCAGGCCAAAGUGCUGCACAAAGAGCUCUUGUUGAGGAUUCUGCUUACUUAUCUGCCGGAAACUGUGAAGCCUCCGACCUAUGCUGGCUUCUUGCUCGCGCUGGCCAGGGAUAGCCUUGAAGGGGACACUGAGGGCGAACUGGACACAACUCCUGUCGAGCAUCUGUCUGAAGAUGAAGUCAUCAGGCAGGCAAGGAAACUGCAUCUACAGCAGCUCGUGUCCGCGGAAACACCAAGCGACUUUCACAACGACCCGAUAAGCAACUUUCUCAUUCUGAGGUCUUAUAAGAUAGACAGCGAGGCCGGUCUUCUAUCACAAAUUCCAAGUCUCCUGGCUCCAUUCCUGUCACACUCGCCGGCACUUCGCCUCUGGACAACGUCUACCGUGAUUCCCUACGUAAGGAGAAACGUGGAAUACUACGCCGAUGAGAAUCCGGUAUACUCUCUUCUCGACUUUCAGAAGCUCUCAGAUCCAGCCGCCGUGCUGUUCUUGCUCUCUCGGACCGGAAGCCGCGAGGAGGAUAAAGGCUUCAUCGGCCGUGAUGUUAGAGGAUUGGUUGGACCGUGGCUUCAUGGAAAAAGCCGAUGGACGUCGAAGCCUGCCAGCGACAGUCAAAGCGCCGCCGACGACGCGGAAUCGUCCCUUCUAUCCCCCGGCUGGGAGCAAUUUCUCGAAUGGCUCGUUAAUCAAGCAGCGACUUCGUGGACUGUUGCCGUUGCUGUAGCAGAGCAAUGGGGAGGUCCCAAGGAUAUAGACCUGGGCGAGAUGGCCGACUUGGAGUUCACUGAACCUCAGCACCAGUAUCUGCUACUCGGCUAUGCGCGAGCGAUCCUUGCGUCUGCGUAUCUCAUUUCUGAAGCCACAGUGGAAGCACUUUCAGGCGCCUACCGGAUGGUAUAUAAGAUGAGAUCCAUGCUUGGCUACAGUGAGAUUCCUCCCACACUGGAUGUGGCCGUCUCUCAGCUGCCCAGCUUGUCCGGCAUCGAUGUGUCCUCGCACGUUGGCAUGAAAACUGCAACUUACAUGAGAAACGAUCUACUUCUCGAACAGAAUCCAUUAACAUCCCCUACAGAAGGGGCCAUGGCGUUGCUGACAGCAUUGAUACUAAGUGCCUCGAUCUGUACCAGCUUGGGUGUGCCUUGCUCUGUCAAGAAAGCCGGCGACCUUGCUUUUAUCCAAGAUCAACGGGAACAGAAGAGUGAGAUCGCCAAACUUAUUCGAAGCGCCUCCGCCCAGGCACACGGGGACGAGGACAGGUACUGGUCUCAAGUAAGGACCAAGAUGCUAUGGCUGAACACUUGGGGCGUCGAUGGGGAUCGGUCUACCAAUCUCGAAAUAAGAGGCAUGCUCGGAGCUGUGCCCAAGGAGUUCGUGGAGACGGAGAUUCUGAAAGCUCUUCUCUCCGGUUCACGGUAUACCCUUGCUAAGAGCAUCUACGAGGACAGUUCAGAGCAGCCGCUUGCUGCCGAAGUCAUUCAGGACACAGUUUAUCAGGCGGCCUUGCGCGCUUUCGACAAUGCUUCCAAUCCCAACCGGUCGAGGGGUGGGCUGAAGAAGUGCGAUGAGAUAAUUCACUCGUUCCCAAAAACAUUAAACAAGACGCAUCCAGCCACCAAACGAGUGGAAGCCCUGUUACGAUGCACGCAUGCCCUGAGUGAAUACCGCCUCACGCUUAAACAAGGCGAGCCGUUCAAGCCCGUCGUCCUUCGAGUGCACUCGGACCCAAUAUCCAUCAUCGACAAAGUCCUGGAGCAGAAUCCAAAAGCAUACACGCGUCUUCCCGAGUUUCUGGAAAUGGCAGCCAACAUGGUCCGCGCGGGGAUCACCCAACAGGCCCGGUCCGUCAAGUUCGAUUCGCCGGCAGAGGACAGCAGCAAGGAGCUCGUCCGAGCAGAGAAGCUCAUCAUCGCGCUGUGCAUAGAAGCCGCGCUGAGGGAAGACGAUUUCGAGACGGCGUACUCUUACGUGGUUAGUCGCCUGGAGGCGCCCGCCUCGGGAGGAGGAGGAAGCCAGGAACAGGACGAGUGGUCCUGGAAGGCCGCCCUCAAAGCAGGGCAGUACGUCCGCACCGACCGGACCCUGCUGCCGACGCACCUGGGCAUCGCGAGCGGCAACCCCGAGAUCCGCCACCUGGAGCAGCGCAUAGAGUGUCUUGCCACUGCGCUGCGCGUCGCGCCCGCAUCCCAGCUCCUGGAGAUCCUCAAGACGUUCCGCCGCUGCGAGGAACAGCUCGACUCGGCCAUCGCUGAGGAGGCCGCCGCAGAAGCCUCGUGGGCCGCCGCCGGCGAAGUCCCCGGAGCGUUCGAAACCGCUGGUCCCGCCCACGGCCUGCAAUCGUCGAGGAACAUGACCGCCACCGCCGCGUCGAAACAGGCCGAGGAGGCACCCAUGUCGCUGUUUGACCUAUCGCGGGCGACGGCCAGCGUGGCAUCGCGCAACUUCACGAGGCUGUCGAGCCUAUCGUCGUCGCUCGCCGGCGCGGCAUCCUUGGCGUCGUCUACGACCAGUAAUAGUACGUUGGGGGAGCAGCAGGCGCCACAGCGGUUACGCAAGAGGGAUCAGCUCAGGGAGGCUGCCACGGGGACCCUUGUCUCUGGGGUUGGUUGGUUGAUUGGGGCCAACGUCAAUCGAGAAGCAACCGAGACUUGA